GCAUUUAGAUCUCAAUCAAAAAGCGGAUUUAACUUUAAAAGGUGUGGUGGGUACUAUCAUUAAAGAUUAUUUUCCGCGGCUAACACAAUCACAACGACAAUUAUUCGAAGCUUCGCCGUUUGGAAUAUUCUUAAAAUGCAUAUCCCACAUGGUGAUCCGUUACUUGUGCAUUUGAUGAUGUUGCACGAAGUAAGGUCUCAAGAAGUAUUUGAAAUGGGGAGGUUUUUUUUUGAUAUACAAGGGACGCAUUUGGAUUUUGGUGAAACGGAAUAUAUUCUCAUUUGUGGUUUAAAAGUUGGUCCUUAUGUGGAUUUACUCCACGAUGAAAAAGGCCGGUCAAAUUCAAGUCUUCGUGCUCGGUUGUUCCCAGACAUUUCUGAUGCGCGUAUGCGGUUGAAAGAUUUGGAAGACUUCAUUAUGUCUCCAAAAUAUUUGGCAGUUCAAGAUGAAGAUGUUGUGAUGCUUAUCCAGCUUGUUUUUGUGUUGAAGGGACUCCACGGACGGGACGUUAAAAUGUGCAUUCCCGCUGCAAUAUACAAGCUUGCUGAUAAUAGAGAUGAUUGGAACAGGUAUUACAUUUAAAUAUUGUGUAAAAAUAGAAUACAAUAAUAAUAACUAUAAUAUACAAUAUGAAAAUUGCAGGUUUGCAUGGGGUACGUAUUUUUGGAGGUAUACUUCGCGGAUGAUGCGUGGAAUGUUUAAGAAAAUAGUAGAAUUUAGACAAUUCAAGGAGGCCAAUCCCGAAUCCAAGAAAAUACACAAGUAUACCGUUCCUGGUUUUAUGCUGCCGUUUAAGAUCUGGAUUUUGGAGACGUUCCCCGAGGCAACCAAAUUUUAUGUACGCAUCCCGACAGAAUUGUCGCGGAUGAGGUCGUGGAGAAGUAAAACACCGUUAUCUUGGGAUAACUGUCAUCGAAUAAUCAACGUGCUUGUGCCUAACAACGUACCUAUUCCAGUCGUGGCAAAUGGGACGGAGUUGAUGUUGCCGUUUUAUGUUCGCUAUGUCAAUCGGACUCUUAACCAUGAAGAGUCUCCUCCACCGCAACAUAGUCCGGUCCGAAAUAGUCCACCUGUUGUUGCCUCGCCUCCUCGAAGAACUAUGUACAAGUCGGAUACAUGUUCGAUUGAAUCUGCCACAAAUGCUUCUUCCUCGCAACAUCCUGAAAUAGACACAACUUAUACGUCAAGCGACACAUCAACGAGGGUCGUAAAGAAGAAGAAGAUUAGCACAAAGGCAUUAGUGAAGCGUCUACUAGGCGUUGUGGCUGAGUUAUCAUCUAAAGUAGAUCGUGUAUUACAUGAAAAAGAUGAGCCAAACAAACGGUUUGUAGAGGAGGAGGAGGAGGAGGAGGAGGAGGAGAUGAUAAAUGAAGAGGAUGAAGAACCAUAUUACCAUGAUACACAGUUCGACUAUGGUGGUUUGGAGGAGAAAGUUGCGCCUACACCUACGCAUGGUGAGCCGUCACAAGACGUGGGUGAACAUGACACAAAAAUAGUGACUCUUAUUGGUAGGCCGCAACGAAAGAGGGCUGUUGCAUGGUAUCAGCGGACUCCGUUCACAGUGAUGCAAUCGACAGCAAAAUUGAAGAAAAUCAGCAAGACAAGGAAGAAAAAAAUAGAGGAGAGUCCUAAAAAAACAAAUGAGGACAUUGUCAAUGCAGAGAGUAGUGACGUUUCAAACCAUCUCUUGUUGGACAGUAUUUAUAGUAAUAGUCCGAUGAGUUUUUGGAAAGAAUGGAGUGUGCUCUCUUCCAAACUCAUCACUAAACAUAGGCUGCAUAUUCUCCCACUAGAUAUGGAUUUUUGGUCGAGGUUACUUUCUGUUACUGACAAAGGGUGGUUACUUUCUUCGGUAACAUUCUUUUAGUUAAAAUUUUAACUAUUUUUUUAGACUAGAAUUUAUAUAAAUAAUUCUAACAUUUUUAUCUUAAAAUGUACAGCAUAUUGCGAUAUGGAGUUCCUUGUUGAUGGAAAGGCGGCCGGCGAACGCUAGGUGGACGAUAUUUCCACAAGAAAUCAAUUUGGAACCCGGAAAAUCAUUAUUUUUAAGGAAUGUAGCAAAUGGUUUUGGAGGUUGUCCUAAAUGGAAGGAUGUGGAUAUGGUUAGUUAACUUUAAUAUUAUUAUUUUAUAAAUAUAAUAUUACUGAAAUUACGAGUAUUUAAUUUAUAUUAUUUUUUGCAGGUUCUAUUCGUAAUAAAUGUUAUUAGUGCCCAUUGGUUUAUGGCGGUGCUACAUUUAGAUACCUGGAAAGUAGAAAUUUAUGAUUCAGCACGAAUUGCGGGUUACUUCUCAAAGUACUUAACUGGUGGAGAAUUCACAAGUUUUGGAGAUAGUAUUAUCUCAGAGUUAGAUGUCAUUGAGUACUGGAACCAUUUCCCCGUUGGACACAAAGACAAAGCA